UCUAGUCAUAUUGAGGUGAUUAAAGAAGGCGUCUUUUAGUGUAUCAAUGCUUGAUAAUAUUGUUUUGGAAGUUCAAAAGUACCGAGAACCUUAUCUAAUAAUCUGAAGAUUGUUUUUAUUUUGAUCACGAACAAUGCGUUUACGAAAUGAUACCUGUAAUCUUUUAAUUGUUGAAAGAACGGCACAUAAAUAGCGAAGUUUAGCCAAUUUUUCAAUUUAAAUCAGUUUAUUUUUUGUAACAAAUUGUUUCCAGCGAUAUAUUCAACAUUGUUUUAGAAGUGUCAAACUUUUUGAAAGUCGAUUCCAAUUAAGUGAUCAAAAUGGCCAAAAUUACUUCCAAAGAGGUUUGGGAAAUCGUUAAACUUUUACGGAUAGAUGUUUUUUACUUUUUGGCCACUCUGAGUACUUCACUACCUGGAAUUGCUCUGAACCAACUGAUGCAGGAUAAAUAUUGUAUCAACAAAUAUUCAAUCAAUGAAAGUGUCUGUUUAAAUUUGGAAUCUGCUGGACCUGAAUUUGAUACAGUUAGGAAUGAUGUAUUGGCAGACACUACAACACUUAAAAUGCAUGUUACUCUAAUGACAACAAUACCAGCGAUUAUUUUAUCACUCAUUUUGGGUUAUUGGAUGGAUAAAUAUCCUGGUCAUCUUCGUUAUCUUUCUGGUGUGGCAUCUUUAGCAAUCGUCUGUCAAAACAUCAUGAUUAUACAUCAAUGUCUACAUUUUGAAAUGGGCGCUGACGCAUUAUUGUGGACAAAUUUGGUAACAGCUUUCACUGGAAGCGGAAUAAUUAUUACGAUAGGAACCUUUACUUAUGCAACAAGAAAGACACCAGCCAAAUUUCGAGCUGUUAGGUUUACAAUAAUCGAACUUUGCUUAUUUGCUACAAUGCCUAUUGCAAGUCUUUUGGGAGGAGGUAUGCUUGAGUCUAAACCAUGGUUUCCAAAUCAGAAUCGUAACUACAUUGGAGUUUAUAUCAUUUCAUCUGUAUUAGCGGUUAUUGCGGCUGUUUGGGUUAUGUUGUUGCUGUAUGACGCUGUUGACGAUGAGGUUAAAACAAAUGAAUCUCAACCAAAUGGUGAUGCUUCAAGUUCUGAAAAUAAUGAAAACAAGAAGAAAACAGUGAAACAAAUAAUUUAUGAUGUAAUUAAACCAGAUAAUAUCCUUUAUUCAAGUCGCACAGUUUUCAAAAGAAGACCAAAUAAUGCUCAUUGGUAUUUGAUUUCAACAAUAUUGAGUGGAUUUAUAGCAAACAUUUGUUAUUCCGGUGAACAAUACAUAGGAUACCAGUUUAAUCAAAAAGUAUAUCAUUGGAGUGCUAAACAAAUUGGAAAUUACGGUUCUGCUUUCAUUAUUUUCCCUGCUUUUGGUGCAUUCAUUGGUCCUCCAUUAUUUAUUCAUAAAAUGAAGCUUCAUGAUAGUUCAUUGGCCACAAUUGGUAUAGUUUCAAUGAUGGCAACUUUCCUCUCCAGAGGCUUCAUCAAUAGUCCAAUAGCAUUCAUCUUUGUCAUAUUUGGUUGUUUCGCUGGUGUUUUAUUUGUUGCCGAUCGAUCAAUUAUUUCACGUAUGAUCCAUGCAGAUGAGAUCGGGCAAGUUUACGCCUUUUCAUCAGCUAUUGGAGGAUUCGUUCCAACAAUUUCAUCAUUGUUUUACACCAAAGUAUUUUCAGCAACAUUGGGCUACAAUCCUGGUCUUGUGUACAUAAUUACUGGUUUAUUAUUCACCAUUCCUUUAGCUAAUGCUAUUUUGCUCAACAUAAAAAAGCAGAAAUGGGAUUUAGUUUUGAUUGCUGAAAAGAAAAACGAAAAUCAAGAAAACAAAAUUGAACUUACAACCCGAGAAAAAUCAUCAUGUUAA